AUGACCAACAACGCCCCAGGCAAGCUGGCCGUGAGGAGAGUGAAGUUCUUCAGCCAGCACGGUGGCGAGGUUAAUUUCUCCGCCUUCUCGCCCGACGGUCGGACACUGCUCACAGCCUCAGAUGACGGCUGUGUGUACGGCUGGGAGACCCGCAGCGGGCGGCUGCUGUGGAGGCUGAGUGGCCACACAGGUCCUGCCAAGUGCUGCCGCUUCUCCCCUGACGGCCGCCUCUGUGCCAGCACUUCCCGCGACUGUACCAUCCGCCUGUGGGAUGUGGCGAGAGCAGAGUGUCUACGGGUGCUGGAGGGCCACCAGCGGAGCGUGGAGACGGUCAGCUUCAGCCCAGACUCCAAGCAACUGGCAUCAGGUGGCUGGGACAAGCAGGUGAUGCUGUGGGAGGUGCAGUCUGGCCAGAGGCUGCAGCUCCUAGCUGGACAUCGGGACUCUGUCCAGAGCAGUGACUUCUCACCCAGUGCCAACUGUUUGGCCACUGGCUCCUGGGACUCCAGCGUGCGCAUCUGGGACCUGCGCGCGGGGACCCCGGAGGUUUCCCACCAGGAACUGGAGGGCCACAGGAGCAACAUCAGCUGCCUGUGCUACUCGGCAUCGGGCCUCCUGGCGUCUGGCUCCUGGGACAAGACCAUUCACAUCUGGAAGCCGACGACCAGCAGCCCGCUUGUCCAGCUCAAGGGCCACACCACCUGGGUCAAGAGCAUCGCCUUCUCCCCUGAUGAGCUGCGGCUGGCCAGUGCCGGCUACUCCCACAGGGUCAAAGUGUGGGACUGCAACACGGGCAAGUGCCUGCAGACGGUGAAGGGAGUCCUGGACGUGGCCCACGCCUGCGCCUUCACCCCCGAUGGGAAACUCUUGGUGUCUGGAGCCGCUGACCAGUCAAGAGGCCAGGUCCACUGCUCAUCCAGACCCGCCAGGGCCCCCGGGAUGUACCAGCACCACGGAUGGCCUGACCUCACCCCGUUCCCAGCCAAGGGUGCAAAGGUAGGGUAG